AUGAGAGAGGAGAGAGAGGAGAUCGAGAGAGCGAUGGAGAACAGCAUCGUAAGACACCAAGGACAGAACAACACUAAGGACGGCAGCUCUUCACUCAGCAGGAGAGGAUGGGUUCACUGCCCUCCUGGGGGAGGGGGUCGCGCGGACUCCUCCGUCACCUCCAUCCCAAUACCACUCGAGGCCUUCAGUCUACUGGUCCUAUCGCUUUUCAAUGCUCGCGCCUUAAGACACAUUGGCUGGAGACUGGACGACGUCGUACUAUCCCAGAGGGACUCAUGGAAAGACUGUGUGCAACUGUGUCGUGUGAGUCAUGACGACCAGCAGCUGGGUGAGGUGACUGCUGAUGCGGCACUCCAGCAGUUGCCAGAGCUACCGACUCUGGACCAGAGAGGACCGCCAGCAGGAGUGGCUCUGUCAGACCAGCUCCAACUCUCCGCAAUAGCUCUCUGGACAAGUGUCUUCAUCAAACAAAUGACAGUCAGGCUACCUGGCAAUGCUGUGCUUACAAUCUUGGACUGGAUCUGUACCAAGAAGACCUCUUACAAACACAGCGUCACCUUCUCAAGUGUCUCAACUUUCUCUACCUCUUCUCCCUAUAUACACUCCCUCCUCCCUCUCCUCCCUCCUGCUCUCCUGUAUCUCCUCCACUCCACCCUCCUCCCUCUCCGUGUAGAGAGGAGUGUACGAAAUAGGCAGAGUGUGUCCACAGUUGGAGCUGUCAACAGGAAUGGCGAUUCAGAACACAGUCAUCCUGCUGGGCUGCUGUUGAAGACAAAACAUUUCCUCCAACAUAACGGAGGAACGGGCCAAAUCUGGCAGACUGGAGGGUCAAAGGACCAGAUGUUCUGA